CCACGUUGCUAUUCGCUUAAAACUAACGCGAGGCCCUAUAUAAAAGUGUUUUACAACGUUUUUUUUACGUCGGACACGGGUCAAAAUCAAUCGUGUUAUUAAAUAAUUACGAGCUUGGUUCUUGGGAGUAAAAGUGGAAAAAAAAUACAAAAUGUUUGAUGUCCCAUGUCAGGAGAGAUUUAAAUUUAGCUUUAAAAAUGCACCUUGUUGUAUCGUAAUAGAUGGCACAGGUGUCGCGUUGAUUGAUAAAAAGAGCACAAGUACGUACGGCGCUAGAAUCGAGAGAGCAGCUGAUCCGCAUGAAUCGUGCGCUAGAGUUUUGUUCGUGUUAGAUCUCGCUGUGUUCGGUAGUGUGCAGUCGUCGGCGUACUUGGCUUGACGUUACUUUGAUAAGUGAAAAAGGGCUUUGUCAGAUAUAAAAAAGAUUAUAAUUAGUUACUAUUCACUCUGUUCUAUUCACAUACAAGGGGUUUCUUUUUAUUACUGGGCGUGAGUGCUCGCUCGCUCGUACGUACGUGUGUGUUGUAUUGCGUGUUUGCGGUGUGUAUGUGCGCGCGCGCGCGUGCGUGCGUGCGUGCGUGCAUGCAUGCGUGAGUGAGUGAGUGAGUAAGUGAGUGAAUCUGAUUCUCGUCGGAAGAAAAAGAAGAACGAUAAUAACGAGAGGGAGGAGAUGGCGAAGUAGGUGGAGGAGAAGGAGGUGGAAAAAAGGGAAGAUCGACAAAGAAGAAGAGGGAAAAAGGAGUGAAAGGCCAGGAGUGAAUAGGCGCGACGACGGAAGGAGCAUCUUCGUCGUGGAAAAACGAGUGCGAUGAGCUAGUAAGAGCUAUAACAGAUAGCAGGAGGGCAGCUGAAGGGCAGCGAGUAGCUGAGCGAAGCUUCUUCGCUUGUGGAUAGAGAAGGGAGGGGGCAAGAAAGGGCGGCAGGAAAAGGCGGCAUGUCGUUGCUGUCGAGUCGUGCCGGCCGAAAAGGGCCCAUUCUCUGCUUCGUAGCGCUGCUCUUCGUUUUCGCUCUCUAUCAGCUGGGUAUCAUUUGUGGCACCGAUAAGAACGGACCUGCCGUCACGAUGCUAGCGAAAGAGAAAUACGUCAUAGGACCAUUCGACCAUAAAACCUACACCUACGAUCGAUACAUGCCGCUUAUUUUCAUCGGAGGCGUGCCGAGAUCAGGCACGACCUUGAUGCGCGCCAUGCUCGAUGCGCAUCCCGACGUGAGGUGCGGUCAAGAGACCAGGGUUAUACCGCGGAUUCUGCAAAUGAAAAUGCACUGGUCCAAAUCUGAAAGAGAAAAUUUGCGAUUGACGGAAGCCGGUAUCUCCAAGGAUGUAAUAGACAGCGCGAUAGCGGCGUUUUGCUUGGAGAUAAUAGCUCGACACGCGGAACCGGCUCCUAGAUUAUGCAACAAAGAUCCUUUAACAUUGAAAAUGGGUUCCUACAUGCUCGAGCUUUUCCCUAAUGCCAAAUUUAUUUUCAUGGUACGAGAUGGUCGUGCAACCGUUCAUUCCAUCAUCUCGAGAAAGGUCACCAUUACGGGCUUCGAUCUGACGUCUUACCGUCAAUCAUUGAUUAGAUGGAAUCACGCUAUUUCCGCGAUGUACGGGCAAUGUCGGGAGGUCGGACCAGAAAGAUGUUUAAUGGUACCUUACGAACAGUUGGUACUACAUCCGAGACAAUGGAUGAAAAAGAUCUUAAACUUUUUGGACGUGCCUUGGAACGAAUCGGUGAUGCAUCACGAGGAAUUUAUUAACAAACCUGGCGGAGUGCCUCUGAGCAAAGUCGAGAGAUCGUCGGAUCAGAUAAUAAAGCCGGUUAAUCUAGAAGCAUUGACCAAAUGGGUGGGCAACAUUCCGGAGGAUGUUGUCAGGGAAAUGCCAGACAUUGCACCAAUGCUCUCGGUUCUCGGUUAUGAUCCUUAUGCCAAUCCACCUGUCUAUGGUGCCCCUGACAGUCUAGUUAGCGACAAUACCAGACGGGUACUCGCUGACGGGGAAGUUUGGGCGGCAAAAGCUCGGCAAUUCGAUUUACGAGUGAAGCCAAUUGGACUGAGUAACGAAGACGAUUCUACCAAUGGCCCAAAUGCGUGACCAAGGAUCGAGCAAUCUUCUUUAGGAACGCUUUAUCCCAAUCCGUACGAUUUAUCGUCAUAGUCUAAUGGAAAUGCAAACGUACACGCAAACGAUGCGGCUCGUCCCAUUUUCUCUUUCUCUCAUUCUAUAUUUCUAUCUUCUUUUUCUCUUCGCAACUCCCGCGCAGUGCGCCUGGAGAUGCGCAAACUCGCUAACUAGAGAAAAUCGAAUACGCGGAAUUCAUUAAAUUCUCGCGACCUCCUUUGAAAAAAAAAAAAAAAAAAAAAAUAUGAAUGACGUUUAUCAAGCAUUAUGGUAUCUAAUGUUUUGAAAUAUUUCAACUUUAUUUUUUAUUAUUAAUUUUAUAUAUCAAUCGUGUUCGAAUGGGUCGUAUCGUUUAAAAAGUAUUAACGAUUUGAAGUCCUUCCAAUAUGGGAAUGCAAACUAUUUGAGAAAACGAAAAAGUAAGAAAGAAAAAUAAGAGAACAAAUGUAAGCAAUGGUCAAUCUCUAUUUCUGAUAACUAUUUCUUCUACUUUAUGUGUGACAUGUUAAAAAUAUGAAAAAAGAGCUUUCGUGUCCCCGUCCUGAAUCUAACGAUAUCGAUUCUUCGUUUCUUUUAUCAAUUUCAAAGAGAACAUUGAUCGGGUUGAAAACUAUAAAAGGAUUAACGUUAAAUAUUUUCUUGUACGAAUGCGAGCUAAAGAGUACGGCAAUGUUUUAUAUUCUUCGUUUUUCAAUUGAACAUGAUCAUUUGCAAAGAGAAAUAUAUGUAUAUAUAUAUAUGUAUAUAUAUAUGUAUAUCACACGGACGACUCAUUGCAAUGUGAACAUUAAUUUAGUCUUGUUUGGAAUGUUAGUGUCCAACAAAUUAUGCGAUUAAAUUAUUUUAAUAUUA